AUGGAGUAUCACAGCCAAGCAUACACCGACAUCUCAGUGGACUGUGGCACAACGUACAUCAGCCUGUCCAUCCUGGCUUGCCCUGUGGCCUACACUGGGUACAACGAGUCCCUACUCAUUCUCAACCACAUCGACGACGACACCGCAUGCAAAGGCACCCUGGAUGAGAGUGUCACUCCCCCCAUCGUAAGAUUCACCUUCCCCAUCAACUCCACCACGGCCUGUGGAAGCAUCUUCAGGACCACCAGCACCUCAGGCACAGGAGUCUUUUCAGACUUCUCCAACAUUCAGACGGUCAACGUUAGCGGUGUGGUCCGCUCACAUGACAUCACCACCGGCACUGUGACCUACAACGCUGAGCUGAAGUAUUUCUACUCUUGUGCCUAUCCUCUGGAGUACUUCAUCAACAACACCCAGAUUGACGUGUCAUCAUCAUCCAUUGCUGUGAAGGAUAACAAUGGCAGUUUCAUCAGCACUUUGAACCUGGAACUAUUCAGUGAUAUAAACUAUGUCACACCACUUGUUAUCCCAAAUGCGGGGAUUGAGCUGAGGACAGAUAUUUUCGUCCAAGUCCAGGCAACCAAUUUGACCUCCCAGUACCAUGUGCUCCUGGAUCGAUGCUAUGCCUCCAUCUCUCCCCACCCUACAAACUCCACCUUUUUCAACCUCUUUGUGUCAGUUUGCUCCAAAGACCAGAUGACCAGCGUUGUGGAAAACGGAGAUAGCCAGAACGCCAGGUUCUACUUCCCUGCCUUCCGUUUCAUCGAGCAGCAGAACGAGACCAUCUCCACCUACUACCUCCACUGCAUCACACGGCUCUGUGAGCGAAGCACCUGCGACGCAUUCAAGGUAAAACCCGAGAACAGGUUCGGUGUUGUGCUGGAAGCGGCACCCACCCACUGA